CCUCGCCCCGGCGCUCCGGCCCAAGAUGGCGGCGCUGAGCAGCGGCGGCAGCGCGGAGGGGGCCUCGCUCUUCAACGGGGACAUGGAGCCCGAGCCGCCCGCGCUCGGCGCCGGCUACGCGGGGGGCGGCAGCGGGGACCCGGCCAUCCCGGAGGAGGUGUGGAACAUCAAACAGAUGAUUAAAUUGACACAAGAACAUAUAGAAGCUCUGCUAGACAAAUUUGGAGGAGAGCAUAACCCACCAUCAAUAUAUUUAGAGGCCUAUGAAGAGUACACCAGCAAGCUUGAUGCUCUACAGCAGAGAGAACAGCAGUUACUGGAAUCCAUGGGGAAUGGAACUGAUUUCUCUGUCUCCAGUUCAGCUUCAACAGACACAGUUGCAUCAUCUUCCUCCUCUAGCCUCUCUGCAGCACCUUCAUCCCUUUCAGUUUAUCAAAACCCUGCUGAUAUGUCACGGAAUAACCCUAAGUCUCCACAGAAGCCUAUUGUUAGAGUCUUCCUGCCCAACAAGCAAAGGACUGUGGUUCCAGCAAGAUGUGGAGUGACAGUCCGAGACAGCCUAAAAAAAGCGCUGAUGAUGAGAGGUCUCAUUCCAGAAUGUUGUGCUGUUUACAGAAUACAAGAUGGAGAGAAGAAGCCAAUUGGCUGGGACACAGACAUUUCCUGGCUCACGGGAGAGGAGUUGCAUGUGGAAGUUCUGGAGAAUGUGCCACUCACGACACACAAUUUCGUACGAAAAACGUUCUUCACGUUAGCGUUCUGCGACUUCUGUCGAAAGCUGCUUUUCCAGGGGUUCCGCUGCCAGACUUGUGGCUACAAAUUUCACCAGCGCUGUAGUACAGAAGUGCCACUGAUGUGUGUUAAUUAUGACCAACUUGAUUUGCUGUUUGUCUCCAAGUUCUUUGAACAUCACCCCAUACCACCGGAGGAGGCCUCCUUAGGAGAGACCACCCCAGCAUCUGGAUCAUACCCCUCAGUGCCCCCCUCAGAUUCUAUUGGACCACCAAUUCUCCCUAGUCCUUCUCCUUCAAAAUCCAUUCCAAUCCCACAGCCCCUCCGACCAGCAGAUGAAGACCAUCGGAAUCAAUUUGGGCAACGCGACCGAUCCUCUUCAGCUCCCAACGUCCACAUCAAUACAAUCGAGCCAGUCAAUAUUGAUGAAUUGAUUAGAGACCAGAGUUUACGAGGAGAGGGAGCCCCUUUGAACCAGCUGAUGCGCUGUCUUCGGAAAUACCAAUCCCGGACUCCCAGUCCCCUCCUUCAUUCUGUCCCCAGUGAAAUAGUGUUUGAUUUUGAGCCUGGCCCAGUGUUCAGAGGCUCAGCUGCAGGCUUGUCUGCAACACCUCCCGCUUCUUUGCCUGGGUCACUAACAAAUGUGAAAGCGUUACAGAAAUCACCAGGACCCCAACGGGAAAGAAAAUCAUCCUCAUCCUCAGAAGACAGAAAUAGAAUGAAAACUCUUGGUCGGCGGGAUUCGAGUGACGAUUGGGAGAUACCAGAUGGACAGAUCACAGUUGGACAGAGGAUAGGAUCUGGAUCAUUUGGAACAGUCUACAAAGGAAAGUGGCAUGGUGAUGUGGCAGUGAAAAUGUUGAAUGUUACGGCACCCACACCUCAACAGUUACAGGCUUUCAAAAAUGAAGUAGGAGUGCUCAGGAAAACACGACAUGUGAAUAUCCUGCUUUUCAUGGGUUAUUCAACAAAACCCCAGUUGGCUAUCGUUACACAAUGGUGUGAAGGGUCCAGUUUGUAUCACCAUCUACACAUCAUUGAGACCAAAUUUGAAAUGAUCAAGCUAAUUGAUAUUGCACGACAGACUGCUCAAGGCAUGGAUUAUUUGCAUGCCAAGUCAAUCAUCCACAGAGACCUCAAGAGUAAUAAUAUUUUUCUUCAUGAAGACCUCACAGUAAAAAUAGGUGAUUUUGGUCUAGCUACAGUGAAAUCACGAUGGAGUGGGUCCCAACAGUUUGAACAGUUGUCUGGUUCCAUUCUAUGGAUGGCACCAGAAGUUAUUAGGAUGCAAGAUAAAAACCCAUAUAGUUUUCAGUCGGAUGUGUAUGCGUUUGGGAUUGUUCUCUAUGAAUUGAUGACUGGACAGUUGCCAUACUCCAACAUCAACAACAGGGACCAGAUAAUUUUCAUGGUGGGACGAGGAUACCUAUCUCCAGACCUCAGCAAAGUACGGAGCAACUGUCCAAAAGCUAUGAAGAGACUAAUGGCAGAAUGCUUAAAAAAGAAAAGAGAUGAGAGACCCCUUUUUCCACAGAUUCUCGCCUCCAUUGAGCUUCUGGCCCGGUCAUUGCCAAAAAUUCACCGCAGUGCAUCUGAGCCCUCGUUGAACCGGGCUGGCUUCCAGACAGAGGAUUUUAGUCUAUAUGCUUGUGCUUCUCCAAAAACACCCAUCCAAGCAGGGGGAUACGGAGAAUUUGCAGCGUUCAAGUAGCCACAGCACCAUGGCAGCACCCACUCUGUUAUUUAAGUCUUGUGUUCCUACAGUUUCUUAACAUCAAAACUCCAUUCUGCUCCGCAAAACCUAAAGUAAUUUAGAAAAGAUAUCCAUAAGCUUCAAAGUGGAGCAGAAUGGAACCACCGUUCCGACACAAUGGGAUAAAGUACCUUUUUGGGAACCAGAGUCCUCUGCUGCCAGCGUUUCUCCUUCAACACAAACCACCACGUGCAUUCGGAGACGCGCAGUGGCUGCCUGUGCCGUUGGCAUCAUUCCCAGGAGAGAGGAGAGAGGAGAGGGCGCUCGUGGUGUCACUGUGGUGCUCGGGCGUGAGGGGAUGGAGCUGCUGCUGCUGCUGCAACUUAGAGACUUGCUUUGGAUGGUCUGCCGGCCGGCUUUCUCCCUCUAACAGCGUAACCAUCAGAGCCGAGCAUCUGAUGAGUGCUCAUUUCCAAGAGUCAUUUCCCCUUCUGAUCCUUUUUUUUUCCCGGUGUACUUACUGGUUUAUGGACAACGCAGUAUCCCCUUUUCACUGCAUUACGGUGUCAGACGCCUCAAUCUGUCUAUAUUACUGGGGUUUAUUCUUUUAAAAUUAAAAGUGUGGGGGAGUGGGAGCUGGAGAUGUUAUUUUGAAGGCAGAGAGGUUCAUCUGAAGGAAAAGGGGAUGCUGCCACACCUUUUUUUCAGAUUUACUUUACCACUUCUUAAAAAGAACAAACAACAACCAUCAUCCUUAACCUUUUUCCUUUUCCAGUAUUUUCUCGGUGUGUGCAUAUACAACAUCUCUUCGAAGGAUUUGGUCGAUCCUUCUUUUGUUGGUCCAGCAACAAACUGAAGUUUAAAAAAAAUGUAGCGAGAUUGUCCUCUCUUUUAUUUUUCUUUUGUAUCAUAUGAUACAAUGUAUUUAUCAAAGGUGCUCCUGCAGCAUCUAAAGUCUGUAGAAAUCCUGAUACAGACUGUGAAUGGUGUAUGUACCUACUUUAAAAGUUUUAUUUUAAACGAGGGUGCAGGUUAAUGCCAGGUACCUUACCAAUAUGUAAUGUUUUCAUAAAUGAGGAAAAAAGUUCUCAGGUUGAAUUGAAUACAAAUACAAUCCCCCCCUUAGAAUUAGACAUUCCAAAAAUUAUGUUUUGGUACUUUCAAGAGCUUUUUUUAAAGGAUUUUUAUCCUGUUAACUAAACGUCCUCUGACAAGUGUGUGUGUAAAUGUGGAGCAUCUUGUCCUAAUGGCAAGUUGUUAGAUCAAAACAAAACGGUACUUGCUGGAUCCACGCUGACUACUCCUCCUCUCAUUGCUUUCCUCCCUGUCAUCUCUUCCCUUCUGUUUGUCUUUCCCUUCUGUACACUUUGCAAACUAGGAUGAAGGUGGCGGUAUCUCCAUUAGAGUGCUUUGUUUUCCUGUCCUCCAGUCCUGGUUUUCAAAUGGUUAGUAGCUUUUUGACAAGUUACCCAGUCAGGGAAAACAGCAACUCAUAAAGUUCUGCACAGCAUUUGUUUACCUCUGGUAGAAUAUCUUGUGAUGUGAUCUGCUUGCUGAGUUCUCUGGUAUGUGGUAUUACCUGUAAAAUUAUUCGUACAGAGGCAAGGCAGACCACAUUGGAAAGAAACUCAAGCUCAGACAGAAGUUUCCAGAAUUUGAUUCGUAUCAGCCCUGUACCACUCCAGGUGAGGCAGGAGAGCUGACCCCCCUCUAGCAGGGAGGUUCUUGCUGGCUGGAGGAGGGGAGUGUUCAACAAAACCGUGACGAAUAAAUGAAGGAGUUAAAUGUGUAUGAAUGUGGUGUCCAUGCUAAACGUGGAUGUACCGAGUGAGGGUGCUGUCCUUCCCUCCCUAGGGAAAGUUGGACAGUUCCUGUCUGCAGAAGGUUGCUCCCAGAUGAAGGGAGAAAAGCACAUCGGAAGUAGAAGGCGCUUUUAAUACCCUGAAAUUUUGCGGUGUUGCUGGUAGUCUGUUACAUUUGUCAAUAAAUAUUUACUGGGGCUAUAGGGACCGGACUGAAGUGGGAAUUAAAACUGAAAUACUGUGUAUUCAUAUUAAUUCCACAAACAUGAGCAAGAUAGCAAUAGUAAAUGACUUAAUAGUCACUACAAGAAUGAAGUGAUUCAUGUUGGAACAUGAACAGAAUUGAUUCUGUGUACAGGACACACUGUAAAAACAAAGGAAAAAAAAAAAGCACAAAUUUUUUUCUUGUCUGCUGUGGGUCUUCAGAUGCUGUAAGGUUUUUUCCUUAAUGAAGUUGGCAGGAAUUUAAAAAGUAGCAAUAGCCACUUUCCAGUGUGGAGGAGCUGAUGCAGAGCAGUGGUGUGCAGAUGGUGCAGUCAGAGUGCUCCCUGGUGAUCAUCUGAGGCCAGUACCGGAGAGGUGGAGGGAACCUGGGGCUCCUGGUGGCAGCAGGCAGGUGAGAGCAUUUACCAGAUACAGGCUGCUCCUUUCCCCCCCAUGCUUGGCUCCAGCCCCUUUAUUGGCUGUGGCCCCAUUUGUACAUGUCAGGGAUACUGAAGUAAAGGUUCUCUCAAAAGAAGCUGUUAACAGAGCAAGUAUGGACAGGUGGUUCAACACUCAUUUGUUUUACAGAGCUUGUUAAAAGCUCUCAUUUCCUUCCACAGAGUCAUGCUGGCAGAAGAUUCUCUAUUAGAAACUUCAUUCUAUCUUUGCUUAAAAUGAACUUACUUUGGUGAAGAUUCAUUACCCAUUAGUCUACAGUAUGCUUCUUGAGCCCAUAGGAAAAGCACAAGGAAAAUUGCUAUCCUUGUCCAUGCAAAGCACUUUAUAAGUAACACAUGAUCUCUGGGGGUUUUUUUUAUUGGGGUUUGUUUGUUUGUUUGUAGUUUUGUUUUUCUAUUUUGAUUCUGAUUUUAUUUUUUUUUUCCUGAGGAAUGUGCAAGUUGUUUGGCUGCUGUUUAGAGAAGUCCUUUCAGGAUGCAUUUCUACUGGUUUUCUUGUUUGUUUGUUCCCCUCCAGAUAGCUGUAGUAAUGUGUGUUUGUCUGUGAGAGUUCCCAGGUAAUGCUCAUGCAAAACUUUGGAAGAAAUGUGGUUUGUAUAUAAUUGGGAUUAUUUUUGGUUUUAUCUUUUCCUUCAGGAGUUUUUCUGGAUGUCUUGCAUGCCAUCAGAACCAGUCUUAAGGAUGCCCUGUAGAUGUUUAAUGAAUGGGGAAACAAGAAUAGGUGAGAAAUGAGUGCUCUCUGUAGCAGUGGGAUGAAGGAAGUGAACUGAAAUGACCAAUGCAUUCAUGCCUGUUACCCCAAAUUCCUUAAGCUUCUUCAUGGUGUCCCAAUCACAGGCACAUGCCAUAGUAUGGAAGUGUCUGUACAUACUUCAUGUGCACAUGUUGGGACAAACGCCUGGAGAGUCAGACUGCUUCUUUUAACUGUACAGUACCUUGUAUUUCAUAAUCAUUUGCAAAAGUGCCAGUCUCCAGUCCCAGCUAAUCAUGUCUUUAUCAACCAGGCACAGACCUUCCCUUCUGCAUUUCCUUUUCCAUACAGGUAACAGAGGCCUGUUACACCUUCCUGCUCAGUGUGUGAUUGUUUCCCCUGGUAUAUUUGCCAGAACUGCAACAUUGUGGUGGAGCUUGAACCAAGUGGCAGGAAUAUAGAGGCCAGGUUACUUUGAAAGUAAUUUCUGUGUCAGUUAAGUCCUACAUAGCCCCAGAUACAAUUAGGCCACAGUCAUUUCUUUUUUUGUUAAACUCAUGCAGGUCAUUAAAUGAAUCCACUACUUCUUUUUAUGCUUACCCAAAUUUAUCUUUUCUUGUACUCGAAUGCUCUAGCAGCUGAUGAUGAUGCAAAAUGUUUGAGAACAAAUACUGCCAUUUUACCAUGGCAUCUUAGCAUCACUUGUAUUAGUAUGUGCUCAUUAGAGGCAGAAUUUGGCCUUUGUGACAUAAAAUGAGUGAAAUUCUGAUUGUUGAUAAAUAUGUGUCUUUCCAUAAAUGCCCAGACUGGUGGGAAAGUACCCUAAAGAUCACACAUAAGUAGUUAUUCUUCUGUGUUUGCCGGGUGGUGUAAAUGCAUCCAGCAUUUUACAGAAGGCUGAGGGAAGCCAGAUCCCCAGACACCUCCCAAACUAAUUGAAACUUUGAUAUCUAGAGGGGCUAAAUUUAGGGAAGAAGCACGUAGACAUUUCACACGUUUGCAGCCUCUAGAUUUUAUUUUCUUCUUGACUGUGAGUGCAGUGUGUGUAGCACAAACUCUUCGUAGUACUGUAGACAAGGUGUCUUCUGUUGAUAGCACAGUGGGACAGGCAAAGCUGCUAGGUACAGUCAAGGUAAAAAGCAGCUGCAGGAGAGUGAACUCUUAGGGCAUCACUCUGAAGGUGCUGAGUUUUCUGGUUUUCUGUGAUGCAUUUUUUGUAGCAGUUUAUGAAACAAACUUUGUUUACUGCAGCCUUGUUACUGUGCAUUUGGUGUUUGUUUUGGCAUGCAUUUGAAAUACCUUUCUUCACUGCUUCAUUACUUCAUGCCAACUUCGUACCCACCAUAUAAAGUUUAGCCAGGGCAAGUACUGGAUUCUGCACCUGGGGUGGGUAACCCUGGUUGUGUUUAUAGACUGGGGAACGAGAGGCUGGAGAGCACAAAGGGACCUGGGGAUCCUGGUCACUGGCAAGUUGAGCACAAGUCAGCAGUGCCCUGGCAGCCAGGAGGGACAUCCCUGUCCUGGGGGACAUCGGGCACGGGACGGGAUUGUCCCCUCUGCUCGGCACUGGGGCAGCCUCACCCCCAGUGCUGGGGGCAGUUUUGGGUGCCACAGUGUAUUACUAUUAGACUAUUAAUAAUAAACUAUUAGAGUGUCCAGAGAAGGGCCAUGAGGAUGGUGAAGGGUGUGGAGAGGAAGCUGUAUGAGGAGUAUCUGAGGUCUCUUGGUGUGCUCAGCGAGGAGGGGCAGGCACUGAUCUCUGCUCUAUAGUGACCAAUGUCAGGACACAAGGGAAUGGCCUGAAGUUGCAUCAGGGGAUGUUUAGGUUGGGUAUCAGGAAAAGGUUCUUCACCCAGGGGGUGGUCAGACACUGGAACAGGCUCCCCAGCGCAGUGAUCACAGCACCUGACAGAGCUCAAGAAGUGUUUGGACAAUGCUCUCAGGCACAUGGAGUGAUUCUUGGGGUGUCCUCUGCAGGGCCAGGAGCUGGACUUUGAUCACCCUUGUGGGUCCCUUCCAACUCAGCAUAUUCUAUGAUGCUGUGAUUCUUACCUAAUAAACUAUCAGAAGAGCAGAGCCAGGUUGUUAAAAUGAAAAAGUUUGCAUUUAAGUUUCAAGGUUGCUAACACAGAAGCUACCAAGUCAGCACCAUGACAGCAGUAACUGUGAACCUGUGGAAGGAGGAAGCUUUAAAAGCUACAGAAUCCAGAGUACACCAAGAGUGAAUUCAGAUGAAAACUAAAUUCUCUCUUUUGUUUAGAAGAGAGCUACCAAGACCCUCUGUUCGAUGGUUUACAUAGGGAUCCCCCAAAAGAGUUUUUGUAGUUUGCCAAAUGAUCAUGUGCCUUUGCAACCUUAAAAAGUACAACAGAAUGUAAACCAGGUGCUUUGUAACUAGAGCAGUGUCUGUGGUUUACAUUUGCUGCAGUAGUUUUGUAUAUAGCUAUCCAUGUAGGUAGGUAGUUUGGAGCUGGUCAACUCCUGUAAUGGAGCAAGGAGGGCAGAGAGCAUUCCCCAAAAUACCUAUUAGCAUUUCAAAGCUAAGAAUUGAAGGAUAAUGAAUUUAGUUACAGUAAACCUGCUGCUUGAAGUCUGCUCUGUCAACAGGUAAUGAGGUUCAUUUAAAGUAAAACCAAGUAAGCCCUCCUCCCCUUCCAAAGACACAGAUCUUGUUAAAGAAGGCUCCAAAGAGGCCUGAAGUUACACUCUCAUAGCAUCUUGGGAUGAGAUGGUAGAUGAAGAAUGAGAGCUAGAUGAGGAGAAACUGAUGGCUAGCACUCAUGUAGUCAAGGUUCACCUAUGUCAGACCAUACAAUUAGUCCCAGAAAAGGCAGUAAGUUUUGUUUCUGGAAUGUCAGCAGGUUUCCUCACUUCUUCCCUGUGCCUCUUGCAGUUGCUGUUCAGUGAUCACAUCCCGUUAUUGCACAUUAACUGUGGGAGAUGGUAGGUGUCCUGUCAGCUGAGGGACAGCCAGGGAAUUUGAUUUGUUCAAAUUUCAGACUGGUUACGUAGACUUCUGGCAGUACCUGCAUAUCAGUGUCAUAUUUAACCUACUUGUCCAUGAAGGGCAAAAUAAUGGAUUUGGAUAUUAAUGCUUUUUCAGGUCUUUUCUUACUUGGGGCAGGACUUCUGGCAUAAUUGUAACUUAAGAAGUUAUGUUUAAAUGCACAGUUCAUAUGAAAUAUCAGACCAAUUUUAACUUGGGUUUGUUCAUUUUAGAAAACAAAGUGUAAAAAUGUUUUACUUAUGCUCCAGGAACUAUCUGGAAUCCUACCUACCUACCCCAGAUUCUGCACUAAAAGUACAUGUGAUGGUUAUUUUUUCCUUUUUUUUUUUUUUUUUUUUUUUUUUCCCUCCUUUGGUGGAGGUGGUGGGUUUUGGGUUGGAUUUAUUUGUUUUUGUUUAGGAACUUCUAAACUACCUACUAUUUGCUUCAUAGCAUCCAGCAGCAGUGUGUUCAGCUCACCCAGCUCCUCCUCGAGAGCCAACAAUGGCCUGUCUGGUCAUUUUUGUCUAGUUUGUUAUGUUUGCAGCAGCUGUACUUUAGAAUAAGCAGUGUGUGACAUUUACUUUUGAGCAAGUAAACCACAAAAGUAACUGUUUUCUUUUUUUAUUUGGGUUUGGAAAAUGGUCAAGUUUUGUUCUGAUAAAUUCUGUGUUGCAUUUGUGUAUUCACCCUUGUUGAAGAAAAAAUCCAUCUGUGUGUUUGAGAGUUCAGUGGAAUGUUAGGAGAAGAAAUGAAGCCCAUCAUCUGGGCAUGGAUGUUGGGUCUAGGGAAAAAUGGACCAAACUUGGGUGUUGAGUUAUUUGGGGAUGGUGGGGGGUUGUGAGGGCAUAAUUUAAAUUAACUCUGUCUAAAAUAAAGUGUAAGUGCAAUAAAUGUGCUUUUUUUAUUCAAAGCUGUGAACCUUUAGGGGGAAAAAAAAAAAAACAAAACCAACCAAACAAACAAAAAAAAAAACCCACAAAAAAAAACAACCAAAAGAAAAAGCACAUCAUUCUUUCAUGAGCCUUGUGUCCUACCUGCCUCCCCUCCCUCCCCCUUUCCACAUUUCUCAACUGACAGAAACCUGACAGUGGCCAACUUGCAUGUGUUGGCAACCCAAAUUAACAUUGCCGUUCCAAUCUCGUUGUUAGGACUGGGGAAAGUCCUGGCCCCUACUUCUUUUCCACUCUAGAAAUCAUCUUGGGAGCCAGUGCUGCCCUGUACCUCUAGAGCAGGGUCAGCCCCUAGCUGGGCUGCAGGAGCCAGCCCAUCUGCUCCAAGGGCAGAGCUGCCCCUGGCCCUCCACAUCCCCGGGUCACGCUCCUGGAGCGAAGGCUCUCCCGCGCUGGGCAGUGACGAUAUUCCUGAGCAAUUGCAGGAGCAAUCAGCCAUCAGCCGCCCAACGGGAUCCCUUUUUCCCUGCCCCAGCACACAUGCAGGCUGGCCACCGUUGCCUUGUGUGACUGCCUUGUUUUGCAGGAGCAGCUGUAGGUGUGUGUAACCUGUUGUGCGUUACUUGCACUGUCUCUCUUUCUUACUUGAGCACAGGCUGCUUUUCCUAGCUGAGGAAAGGGGCACGGGUCUCCCAGGUUUGCCAGGGGAGCGCGAUGUGCUGAGCAGUGACGGAAGGGGUAGCACUCACUGGUUGGACCCUCGGGGGGACUAAGAGGGGACUGGCUUGUUUAAGUUUAUAGAUACCCAGAUCUGUAUCCUUUAAACUUUAUUAUUUUUAUAUAUAGUCAAGACAAUGGCAUUACCUCAUAAUACAGAGGCUUGUUUAUGAGAGGCAAAGUACGUAGUAAGGAGAGGAAAGGGAAAUUUAUAUAUAGAUUUGAUUUCUUUUGUUUGUUUGUUCCUUAGUGCAAUGAAAAGUAUGUCCCACCAGUUUAAACUCUGUGCUAACACAUUCCUUUCAGCUGUAUUCCUUUUUUUUUUUUUUUUUUUUUACACCACCAGAGGUUUGCAAGGGUCUUAUGACUGCAAUGUAGAAGGUCCAGUCUGGUUACUUAAAAAAAAAAAAAAUAAAAAAACUAUUGUGUUAGUAGAUUUCCAUAGCUGCUUUUCAAAAUCUACAAUGGAGUAAUUGUUUUGAAACUUGUAUUUAUUUUUUAAUUCAUAACAAAAUGUUUAAUUUUGGCUUCCUGUUAUGUAGGUCAUGGCAACUCCCCUUCGUUCCUUCUCAAGUUUCCCCUGUAAUUGCCAAUACAACUUAUUUUUCUUGUUUGUUCCUCCUCCCUUUACUUUUGUUGUCCCUUCAUUUGUACUUUGGAGUUUUUCUCAUGUAAAUUUGUACAAUGGGAAAUAUUGUCCAGUUUGGUUAGAGAGCAUGGAGACUUAAAGCAUAUUAAAAUUUGAUAGCUGAAUUCAGAUUGAAGAAAACUAUUUCAGUGUAAAGUUAUUUAAAGAACUCUGUAUUAUAUGAAAGGCAAAAAGUUCUAUGUACUUGAUGUGAAUAUGAGAAUACUGCUAUAAUAAAGAUUGACUG